AUGCCGGCCUCCGUCGCAUCCUCGAUGUCGAGCUCGAUGUCGUCCUCGGUGUCGUCGAUGUCCUCUUCCGUAUCUUCCUCCAUGACCACCAAUGCGACACGUCGCGUGUCGCAUCCGCCUUCCCCGGCGACCAAUAUCCUCCUUUUCCUCAUCGCCUUUCGAAUUGUCAAUGCCUUCGUUGUCCGCACAUUCUUCCAGCCCGAUGAGUUCUUUCAGUCGCUGGAACCCGCUUGGCAGGUUGCGUUUGGCCACGGCGAAGGAAAAGAUCGGGGUGCCUGGGUGACGUGGGAAUGGGAACACCAGCUCCGAUCUUCUCUACAUCCCCUGCUCUUCGCCGCCAUCUACAAAGUCAUAGACCUUCUCGCGUCCGCUCUCAACCUCCCUGCCGCGACGCGCGCGGACCUCCUUAUCGCCGGCCCCAAGACAGCGCAGGCCGUUGUCUCGGCAAUUGGCGAUUUCUACACCUGGAAACUUGCAAGUCGAGUCUAUGGAACUGACUCUCGCGGCGCUUGGACAGCGUUGAUCGUCACCGUCCUCAGUCCGUGGCAAUUCUUUUGCUCAACACGGACCUUGUCGAAUUGCUUGGAAACGACCCUGACAAUUGUCGCGCUGCACUUGUGGCCAUGGAAAUGGUCAGCAGGCGCUGUAUCCGAUGAUAAACUCAGCAAGAGUGCUACCGAGAGGAGCAGAGCCGAAGAUCCGAAGCUUCUGUGGAGUCUUCGCCAAUGUUUGUGCCUGGCAGCCUUCGCCUGCAUCCUCCGACCUACCAAUAUUCUGAUCUGGGCUACUCUGGCCAGUGUCGCUUGGCUUCGGAUAUUCUGGCUGCAGCGCAAAGUCCUUGUACGCGAAGUCCUGCUUUGCGGAUCCGUAGUUCUCGCGGCGGCCGCCGUUUCAGAUCGUCUCUUUUAUGGAUUUUGGACUUUCCCUCCCCUUCGAUUCCUGUACUUCAAUAUUGCCCAGUCACUGGCAGUCUUCUAUGGCCGGAAUAGAUGGGAUUACUAUGUCACCGAGGGAUAUCCACUCUUGCUCACUACUGCGCUUCCUUUCGCCCUUAUCGGUCUUUAUCGUACCUUGAAGAUUCGAGCAUUUUCUCCCGUUGACCAAGUGCAGACAACGAUCCGGGUGCAAUUGGCGACAGUUUGCGUUGUGAUGCCAUUCCUUCUGUCUCUGAUUGCCCAUAAGGAAGUACGCUUCAUCUACCCUUUGCUCCCAUCCCUGCACAUUCUUGCUGCGCCGCCUCUAGUGCAGUAUUUCUACCCAGCUGUAUACUCGCGGUCAUCUCGUCACACUCCUCAGAGACUUACACUCCUCUUCCUCCUAUUUUCCAACCUGAUAAUCGCUCUAUACACCACCGUAUAUCAUGGUUCAGGGGCUUUGAACGUCCUGACUUACCUACGCAAUCAACAUGACCUGCAUGCUGCGGAAGGACAAGAUACCCCUUAUAGCCACUUGGUGGGCACAAUUCCCGAGCCAGGGAUCACGGCUGGCUUCUUGAUGCCUUGCCACAGCACACCUUGGCGCUCACACUUGGUCUACCCCUCCAUCAACGCAUGGGCAUUGUCCUGCGAACCCCCGGUCGACUUCAGCGCGGAAGAGAAAGCCGUCUACCGCGACGAAGCAGACCAAUUUUACGAUGACCCGAGUCAAUUCCUCCGCAAACACAUGGUUGGUGGACUUCACCGUAUCCCCCAGCGACCCAGCUACGUUUCAGGCUCCAUGUCUCUUUCAACACCCUCCAACCCGACCCAACACCAGUGGCCGGACUACCUCAUCUUCUUCUCCCAGCUCGAGCCAACCCUUCACAACCUCCUCCGCGCAUCCUCAUACGGCGAAUGCUGGCGCACUCACAACACCCACUGGCACGACGACUGGCGCCGCCACGGAGACAUAGUCGUCUGGUGUCUCGACCCAGGUGAACAAGACUCCUGGCGGGCCGAGACCCAUCGACGGGAAAGAGAAAGCCUAGACCAACAAUUCGACCGAAUUGUCGAAGCAAUCAAGAAAGAAGCCCUAGGCCAACCAGAGCGCACAUGGCAAUCCUUCGUCCCUUUUCUGGCGAAACCCUCUCCAUCCUCAGCCUGGGUCACCUGGAAACGCUCUGCAAAGAGCCUUUUCGCACCCCGAUCUUCAAGAACAUGGCCCUGGACCACCCGUUCCCGUUGGGAUACUUUCUUGUCAAGAUUCCGUAAACCAAGUCCCACCAUUCGGAGCUGGAUCCCUUCUUUGCCCUCGUCGUGGCCUUCUUGGCCUGCUUUUUUGGGAGGUAAGUCCAAAAUCAAGCGCAUUCCAGUACGCGACUUAUGGUCAUGA